AAGUGUCACGUCAAGCUGUCAAACAGCCAGGUCUGCGUUCGAAAAAAGGCACUGUGGCGAUAAGUGGAAAAUAUUUCCCUGUGAUAAUCUCUACUUUUUCAAGGAAAAUCAUUUUCCAAUUAGUUUUUCCUUGCUUUGGUUUUGUGCCUGCUGUUAUCAGCUAUCAUAGUUCAGUGCUUUCGUGUUUUAAUUUCCGACGAAUUUGAACAAAGAUUUAAUAUAGUUCGACGUUGAUUCUGGGCUGAGCAGGAAUUUAUCGAAAACAGGAGAGAUGGCAGGGGCGCCAGGAAAAGCUGACAUCGAUGCAAUUUUCAACAGACUUCGUUCGAUACCAACUAACAAGAGCUGUUUCGAUUGUGGGGCAAAAAAUCCCACCUGGUCAUCGGUGACGUAUGGAGUUUUUAUUUGCAUUGAUUGCUCUGCAGUGCAUCGGAGCUUGGGUGUGCACUUGACCUUCGUGCGGUCCAGCAAUCUGGACACCAACUGGACGUGGAUUCAAAUUCGUCAGAUGCAAGUCGGUGGCAAUGCCAAGGCGGCUCAGUUUUUCCGUCAACAUAACUGCAACACCACCGAUGCACAGCAAAAAUAUAAUUCACGUGCUGCGCAGCUCUAUAAGGAUAAAUUGAACCAUUUGGCUCAGCAGUCUCUACAGUUGCAUGGAACAACGUUGCACAUCGAUCAUCCAGCCGAGCAUCAUGCCGAAAGUAACAAGCAGGAGGAAGUCGACUUUUUUGCAGAUUGUGUUAAUUUUGAGGCUAGUACUACGUCGGACAGUCACAAUAAUAAUCUGAAGCAACAGGAAUCUGUCCAGAACGACAUCCCAAAACUUGCUUCUCUGAGCAAUGCGACAUCCGAUAGCGCGGGGAAUUUGCAGGGGCCUAGUGUUGAUUUUCUGAAUUCCACAGUCCCCGUGGAACCACCCAGGUCAACAAUCGGAGUCAGAAAAAUUCAGCCUAAAAAGGCAGGCCUUGGUGGAAAGAAAGGUGGCCUCGGAGCAACACGUGUCAAAACAAACUUCGCCGAAAUCGAAGAAAAAGCGAAUCUGGCGGACAAACUGAAGAUGACCCCAGCAGCUCAAGAGAAACCGGUCAGUGAAGAGGAUCAAGCACAGGCACUUGCAAGUGUUCGCCUGGCCUAUCAGGACCUUUCGAUCAAGCAACACAAGGAAGAAGAAAAGCUCAAGGCUAUCGAUCCUAACAAGGCUAAACAGAUAGAACGUCUCGGCAUGGGGAUAGGUUCCCGAAGCGGAGUGUCACACUCAGCCAUUGCGGACAUGAAAACUCUAACGCAGGAUUCAAGCAGCAAGGUGCAAGGGUCUUCGUUAUCGAAGGCAUUCGAUACUAACAAUGAUUUUUUCGAUGAUUAUGCAACGUCGAUGUAUGGUAGCAGCGGCAGCAACAGUAACAAGAAUUCGACAUCUAUGAAAGACUACAGUGAUGCCACGUUGAUGGGAUUCGAGACUAUUGAGCCUUUCGAUACCAAGCAUAACAUUCAGACUAUGUUUUCGCCAGCUUCCAGUGCGAAAAAUAUGAGCAUUAGCGAUCAACCGACAUACAGCCGAAACGCCAGCAAGAAACCACCGAACAGCGCAAGCAACGACUUCGAGUCCACCGAUGUGGCGCAGAAGAAGUUCGGCACAGCAAAGGGCAUCUCGUCGCAGCAGUUUUUCGGUGAUGAAACGUCCACGUAUGAGCGAUCUGCAAAUUUGGCCAAGUUCCAGGGGUCCAAUAGUAUUUCCUCGUCUGAUUACUUCGGUCACGGAAGCCCCAGUGGUAGCGGAGGUCGAGGGGCAAACUUGCAAUACAACGGACCAGACUUGGAUGACGUCAAAGAGAGCGUUCGGCAAAGUGUGACCAAGGUUGCGGGACGGUUAAGCUCAUUAGCGAACGAUGUGAUGUCGUCAAUUCAAGACAAAUAUGGCUAUUAGAAUAAAGUAUAUAGCAAGGUAUUUAGAAUUUUACGAAAUCUGUUUUCCAUAGUUUAUUGUCUUAAAAUGGAGGAUAAUAUCAAAUUUAAAAUCUUUAUUUUUACACAAUGCACUUUGAAUUAUUUAGUUAAAAUAUUUUACUAUCUUCCAUUAAGUUUCGUUCAAAUCUUGGUUUUAUUUUUUUGUCUUUGAAUUAAUUUAUAAUAGAUAUAAUUUUGAUGUAAUCUUUGUACAGGUCAAUUUAUGUAUUGUUGCAGCAACUUGAAUGUAAAGCUCGUUUUUGCGAAAACAAUUGCCUGCUACUUGUAAGAUUCCAUGUAUAAUGCUUAAACAGAAGUACCAUAGAAAGCCUUCAGUCUUCAUAUAACAUUCUUCUAGAAAUUACCUGACCGAUAGAAAAAAAAAACUACAAUCAUGAAAAACCGUUGUUUGAAAUACAUAAUUGUUCCACAGAUUAUUCUAUUGAUAUUUUACCAUAAAAAUAAUACAAAUCGAAAUUUAUAUAGAAACCUUGAUCACACUUGUAAAUUUCUAAAAGGGCAGUAUAACUAGACACUUGUUGAAUACACGUAUGUUAGCGAAAACUCGGAAAUAGUGAAUGUAUAACGGUUUAACCAGUAUAAAAGGGUGACAUUCAAUUCUGAAGAAUAUAAACAAAUCGGUCUUAUAAAAAAACUUUGCGAUUGCGACAAAACGUACUCUGUAUGUAAAUUAUAAUCUAUACAAAAGGAAAUAAAGUAUAUUAUUCUUAGGUAAACAA